AUGAUAAUCUAUCAAUGUAUGUUGAAUGGUCGGCAACAUCGAGAUCUCUUUGCACUGUUGAAUGACGAUACAGUAUCCCAGGGUGUACGGGAUGUCUUAAUAUUGACAUUGCUGCCUGCUCUUCAUCCACCAGUGGCACGUGUCAAAAAAGGAAAAGGUUUUUGGAGGCCUACUAUUGUAGAAUCGAUGAAUGGAUUCAUCCGUCAUAUGAAGACUCUGAGCGAUUUGCAACCAGAAAUCGAUCGUCGAAUAGAACAGAUGAAUCAGCUGAAACAACGAGUGCAAACGUACAUUAUCAUUGUGGGUCCUGAACUGAUGUCUAUCCAGAAUUUGUAUGUAAUCAUUGACAACACAAUAUAUUACAUGGAAAGCAUUUUAAAGGCAGUCAAUAUCUGCUUCAAAAUAUGUCAUGCUUUACACGCACGAUACCCAGUGAAAUCUGAGCAAAUUUGGCUUCUGUUGCAAAAAUGCAUCUACAAUAUGAAAACCACAUAG